AUGCGCGCCUCAGCCUUGUUCGCUCCCAUUCUCCUCGCUGCCACGGCCCUGGGCCAGGCUGUUGAGGAGGGCAUUGCUCCCGACUCGCCUGCUCCUAACGGCUGCGAGACUACCGUCGACACCCCUUUCAAGAUUGGCACUCUCGAGAACCCGUCUCUCAGGAAGCGCGAGACCGCCCAACAGGCUUCUGACGGCGAGCUCUUCUGCACCCUCAAGGACGGCAUCUUGCACGACCAAUACGGCCGCACAGGUUCCAUUGUGGCUAACCGCCAAUUCCAAUUUGACGGCCCUCCCCAAGCUGGCGCAAUCUACACUGGCGGCUUCUCCGUAUGCAAGAAUGACUCGCUCGCCAUUGGAGGCAGCACCCGUUGGUGGCGCUGCAUGAGCGGUGCCUUUGGAAACCUCUACGAUGAGUGGAUUGGCGCCCAGUGCCACGAGAUUCGCAUCCAGGCCAUUUUCGACAAGAGCUCAAGUUCGUCGUCGUCGAGCGACGCUUCCAAGACCAGCUCGGCCUCUUCUGACGCUUCGGCUACCGAGAGCUCUGCUUCUGGUAGCAUUACCAGCAGCGCUAACAGCACCGCCUCAUUGACAUCGGGCGCAAGUUCAUCCUUUGCUUCUGCUACUUCUUCCUCUGGCUCCGAGAGCUCGCGCUCCUCUGGAUCUGCCGGCUCCAGCACCUCUCCUACCGGAUCCGCAGAUGCUCCUCCUGCAAACGGCGCCGCGCCUUUGCUGUCGGCCGCUCCUUUUGCCGUGUUUGGCGUAUCGGCCGUCUUCCUCGGCGCUGCCCUGAUGCUAUAA